AUGUUCAAGAAGGUUCAUUUCAUUCUCUUUUCGUCAGAAUCUCCCGAGUGAAUCGUCUUGAUUUCAAUAAAAGAUAUAAUAAACUCGCUUAAAACAACCAUUUCUCUCAAAUCUUGAUUAUUUGAAAAUAUUUCUCAAUUUGAUAGAGUGUAAGUUUUAUAAACAAUUGAAAAAAGAAAAUUUUUUUUCUGAUGUUGAGAAGGCUCUCCUUGAAGCUAAAAUUUUCAGGUAGAACGAGUGGUUUGCGUCGGAGCGGGCUACGUCGGCGGGCCGACCUGCGCCAUGAUCGCGCACAAAUGUCCCGGAAUCACGGUGACCGUCGUCGACAUGAACGCCGCCAAGAUCGACGAGUGGAACUCGGAUAAAUUGCCCAUUUUCGAGGUAUAUCGUAAAAAAGGACAAGUCUAUGAAUGGGCGGAACUAUUUUUGAAGUUGUAUCCAUCCAGAUUUCGUGGUAACCCUAAAGUUCUAAAUUAGAUAUGUUGCUCUAAGGAAGAAGAUUUUCUAUAAGUUAUUAGAUUUAAACUUGAACUAACCGUUAUUUUUGGAUUCUUUCUGAAUUUCUGGGUCGAAUGGCACUUCUCAGUGCUCUGGAGGAUCAUAAUACGGUGAACAGGACUGUUUUAAAGUUUUAUUCUGGAAAACAUUGUUGAGAUUAUGCUCAAAAAAGGCAUUAUUUCAAAGAAAAGUCCAGUUGAUUUCGGUCGCACUCGAUUUUUCGCGAAAUUUCAAAAACAAUGAACCGACUCAAGGCUCCGUGAAGCCAAAAUGCGCUGGCCGAGGCUAGUUUAACGUUUUUUUCUGUUAAAUAAGGUCAGUUGAAGCAAAAAAGGAAUACUUUAAAUGAGGCGAAUCCAACUUAGUCCCAUCCGAUUUUCCGUAUAAUUUUCAAACCGAAGCUCUGUAAGACCAGACCGCGUCGACCAGGGAACGGCCUCAGCUCAUACUAGGACUCCUGAAUGAGUCCAAGUUUUCUAGAUGUAGUUUUUCACGCUCAUUCCAAGUCUGGUUUCAACAACUGCCGAGGAUGUCUGUUAAAAAAGGACUUCUAAAGUCGAAAAUUUCAGUGUCUCGAAUUGAGAUCAAUUUGGAAUGUAUACAGUAUAGAUUCCGUCCUAUCGGUAAAAAAAAAACAAUAAUUCUCUCAAAAAAAAACGUUUUUGAGCCUAGUGAUGAUGACAUCUAGAGAAGCUGGACUCAUUUAGAAGACCUACUGCUGCUACAGGAGACCAUUUCCCGGAGAUUUUGAAUAACUAAUAUUACAAAAAUUACGAAAAAAAAAAAUGAUUUCGCAGCACGGUCUGGACGAGAUCGUCUUCGCCGCCCGUGGCAAGAACCUCUUCUUCUCGUCGGACAUUCCGAAGGCGAUCCGAGAGGCCGACCUCAUCUUCAUCUCCGUCAAUACUCCAACCAAAACCUAUGGUCGCGGAAAGGUUCAAAAGAAGGAAAAGGAAAAGGCAAAGGAAAAUGAGAAUAUUCUCAGGGAAUGGCGCCGGAUUUGAAAUAUGUCGAAUCCGUGGCCAGAACUAUCGCUCAGUAUGCCGGUGGACCUAAGGUUCGUGAAUUUAAAAAAAAAGUUGAGCAUGAAGGAGAACAUUUUUUCAUGCUAAAAAUCGAAAGAAAAAUUAAAUUUCACUCGAUUUUUUUUCAAAAUUUCAAGUCUUUGUGGGAACUGUCCAAAUUCGUGAUAUGGAAAAAAAACUGGACAAUAGAAAAUUUUUUUUCAAAAUGUUGAAUCUUAUCGUCUUCAAUGAGAGUAGGAGAAUGUCUGAAAAUAGUGCUCAGUUGACAAAAAAUUUUAUUUUUGUGCAGAUUGUCGUUGAGAAAAGUACAGUUCCUGUGAAAGCGGCGGAAAGCAUCGGAUGCAUUUUGAGAGAUGCCCAGAAGAAUUGUCCUGAGUUGAAGUUCCAGGUGAAGUUCGAAACUGAAAAAAAAAUGAUUAAAAGAUAAGGAUAGCAUUGAAUUUUUUCAACUUCUGUAUUAUCUCUAGACACUAAAGAGUUCAUAAGAAACAUUUAUUUUAUAAUCGUUCCUUGAAGAUUUUUGUUUCCUUUUCAUGGGUCUUAAAGUGUUUCAGGUUCAACUGAACUGUAAAGGGGGGGAGGGGCGCUGAAUCAGAAAAAUAAUGGGGAGAAAAGUUCGAAAUUAGAAAGGCCAAACCGCAAAGAGUCCUAGAUUUGUUGGAAUUAAUUUUCGAGCUCUAGGUGCUCUCCAACCCCGAGUUCUUGGCGGAAGGAACGGCGAUGCGCGAUCUGGCGAAUCCCGACAGAGUUCUGAUCGGCGGCGAGUCGUCGCCUGAAGGUUCCUCGACGCAAACUUUCGAAAAAUGAAUGUUUUCAGGAGCCCUGGCCGUUGAGGCUCUCGUUACGGUCUAUGAGAACUGGGUGCCGAGGGAACGAAUCAUCACGACCAACACUUGGAGCUCCGAGCUGAGCAAAUUGGUGAGAAGUCAUCUCAUAAGUCACCAUUCUAAUUGACGUCGUAUUGAUGAAUUUUGACUUGUUAGGAAGUCAUUCUGAAAUGUUGCAAUGUUAAAUAGGAGUACUAUCACGCUUUGUGGUUCAGAAUUGACUGAAGUUUGAGCAGAACACUCCUAGGAGCACCAAGUAAAAGUUCUGAAGUCCCAACCCGCACGAUCGAUUCGUUUUCAUAAAAUAAGAGCUCCAAGUCGGGAAAUGACCUUUUCAGCGUAUUUUGAUGGUUUUCUCGAAUUUACGGGCCUAUUGUCUCUAAAUCGAAGAGUUUUGCAAUUUGAGACAAUCAAGAUCUUCAUUUCCAAUUUAGAAAAAAGUAUGAAAUUUUUAAGAUUUUUCAGAGCUUAAAGUGAAAAGACCUUCCUAGUCAGUUGCUUUUAAAGCAAAAUAAAAUUUUAAAGAGUUUUCUUGAAGAAACGGAGUUGGUUUUGAAAAUUUAUCUACUCAAUUAUGUAGUUGGCAAACGCUUUUCUGACACAGCCAACUAAGUCCGUUUAAUUUCGAGAAAUUCGUAAAGAGUAGCUCAUUUUGAGCCCUCAUUUAGGGAAACAAAGAAGUUAGGUAAGUUCAGGAUCCGUUUUAUUGUAAAUGAAAGAGUAUUCUGGCAAUUUUCCAAAAAAAUUAUUCACGGAAGUAAAAUAACCUUCCUUGUAAGCAAAAUUCUAUCAGGUUUCCAAAAUAACCUUUUUCACAAGAGUCAGGACUACUGAAUUGUUGAGAAUUGUCUCCAUGAAGGAACUUGAGCCAAUGGAAUACUGUAGGUGGCGAACGCGUUCCUGGCCCAACGGAUCUCGUCGAUCAACGCGAUCUCGGCGGUCUGCGAGGCGACGGGCGCCGACGUCAGCGAGGUCGCUCACGCCGUCGGCUGCGACACCCGCAUUGGCAACAAGUUCUUGAAGGCCAGCGUUGGUGAGCUUUCAGAAGAUUGAAAGCUUCAAAACCUAUCUUGAUAGAAACCUAUCGCUGUAGUUUCGAAACAAAAUGUGGUUUAAAAUUUGCAUUUCCUACUGAAAUAUUAGUGGUUUUUCAUCUUCUCCAGCAGUUCCUCGGAUUUUUUUUCCGGCCGAAAAGGGGCGUAGCCUGUUUGCACUCUCUACCAAGCAUGCACUUCCUCCUUUUAUCCUGCCAGAACCCAUUUUUCGAUGGCUCAAGCUUGUAGGAUUUUUCACAGUUUUGUAAUUCGUACAUCCUUCUUUCGCUUAUCAUGUUUGGACACGAAUUGCUCUUAAAAUUACGACUUUUGUUCGAUUUAAAGUGGGCCGUUGUAAUCGCGAGAAAAGCUUUACAACAUGGUCCAUUUUUUUCUCAAACCAAAAGUUAAAAAAAAAGCUUUCCAGGCUUCGGCGGUAGCUGCUUUCAAAAAGACGUCCUCUCCUUGGUGUACCUCUGCGAAUCUCUGAACCUCCAGAAAGUCGCCGAUUAUUGGCAUGGAGUUGGUAUUUUCUCCACAUUCUUAAGCUAAACUUUGUGUUUCAGGUGAUCGAGAUCAAUGAUUGGCAACGACGCAGAUUCGCCGACAAGAUCAUCGCCGAGCUGUUCAACACGGUCACCGACAAGAAGAUCGCCGUCUUCGGCUUCGCCUUCAAGAAGGACACCGGCGAUACCAGGUUUUUUCAGGAUUUUUUAAGAUCGAAAUGAAAUUCGAAUCGAGUAAGCUGUUUAAGAUUUUUUAAAAACAGGGAAGUUUUUAAUAAUAGCUGUCAGAAAGAAGAAACUGAAAGCUUUUCGUUCGAAAAGUCUAAAAAACGGUUAUUAGAAAUAUUGAAACUUUUUUGAAAGCAUAGGCUUUUUUUCACCUUUUCCCGGCCGGCUUGUAUUUUUUACAUUGUCGAAAAAACGGGUUUUAUGUUUCGAAGUUCAAUUUUAAAAGCUUUCCAGAGAAUCUUCGGCGAUCCACGUUUCGAAGCACCUAAUGGAGGAACAUGCUCGCCUCGCCAUUUACGAUCCAAAAGUGCCCAAGUCCCAAGUUCUCUACGAGUUGGGCCUUCAAACUAGUCCAGCCGAUGGUAAAUCUUCGACAAAAUUAAGACUUUCCAGAUUUUUUGAAUCGAAACUUCCGAGACUAAUUCUUACGAAACAAAAAAUCGAAAGUUUUUCAUUUUGCCACUGUUACGUUCUUUAAAACUUGAAGACCUAAAUUUGUUGAACAUGGCAAAAAAAAAAAACAAGUUAGAAUGAUCUCCUGUUUCAUGUCAAGUAUUAUUAAAUUGCAUCCAAUUUAUUAUUGAUGAAUAAAUUUUUCUCCCACAGAAUUUAUCAAAAAUUCUCGUAAUUUCAAUGUUUUUGAAUUCAUUUAUCAAUUUCUAUGAAAAUGAAGGUUUUUUUCAGUCGAGAAGCUGGUCACGGUUUAUAAUGACCCUUAUGAAGCGGCCAAGGACGCUCAUGCCAUCGUCGUUCUCACCGAGUGGGAUGAAUUCACGGUUUGAAUUUCGGGAUCGGAAAAGAAAAGAAAAAUUAAAUGAAAGGCGGUAAAAGGGCAAAAAUCAAAAGAGGCGCCCGCGGGACAAUAGUGACGUGUCUAAUGUGGAAAAAAUGUUUUUUUCUCUGUUUGAAGUUGCGAUUUUUCCGAAAGAGUUUGAAAACAUCUUUUCUAUGUCUUCAAACUUGAAAGGGCCAGACCCUUGAGGGGUAACUUUAGGGGCACUUUCCAGGGCCCACAAUGCUUUCUUAUAGAUGUCAGUGAAACUUUCAAAAGGGGCUACUCUAGGCAGUAUGCUAAUGCAAACUAUAUCCCUCUAGGAAUGUUCUGAAAUUUCAAUCCACCGAAUUUAGACCUUCGACUUUUCGCGAAUCCACGCCUCGAUGCGGCAUCCGGCCGCAAUUUUCGACGGUCGUCUCAUUUUGGACCAAAAGGUGAAACCGAAAUAAAUGAUAAUAUUUGAAAGUUUCGAAAAAAAAGCUUAAAGUUUUGACCUGCGUAACGAAAACCGCCCAUGACGUUUCUAAGCUGUUCUAGGGAUCACUUAAGAGUGCUGACACUUCUAAAGUGGUCACUAGAAAUGCCCCGAGACGUUCGUUUUGUCUCAACGAGGUCCGAAUCAUUUAGAGACUUUAGUGGGAAUUUUGGAAUUUUUUAUAAGUUCGCCUGAAUGUUUUCUGAGGUCCGGCUUAUAGUUUUUUAUCGUGGAAACUCUAAAUUUUUAGUAUUUCAUUUUUGUUUGACAUAGAAUCAGACCUGCUAUUUAGCAACUCAAAAAAGUAACAUGUCAAAGAAAAGCAAAUGAAGAAAAUCAAUAUUGAUUUUCGAAGACUUUUUGGGCGGUUUUGUAGAAAUUCCAAGCUUCAAACUGAAAGAAUCCUCGUUUUAAGUGAUUACAUUUUCGACCAAAAAGUCUCUGAAGCAGUUUUUUUUUCAAAAUAUUAACACUACAAGCUGUCAAAAGUAUAAGUCCAAACUUGAAACCGAAACAAUUUUUGUGGCCAGAAAGUUUUCAAAACUAUCAAUCGAUAAUUUUGAAGGCUCUGCGCGAGAUCGGCUUCCGCACGUUUGCCAUCGGCUCCGCCCCCGACCAGGCCUACAAUCUCUUCGGCACUUCUGGAUAUUAG